GUACCCAUUCCCUCACUCCAAAGACUAAGCCUGAAAUAUUUUUCUUCCUAGGGAAGAAUCUUCCUUGUAACUUUAUUGUUACAACAGUCAGAGACAGAUUGGGGAGGUUUGAUAGUUGGGCGAUACCUUGCCAAUAACCUGACCCUUAGCAUGGGGCUCCCUCAAAUUUGCAGUGUCCUGGGGAUUCCUCCUGUGACUGUCUUGAAGAAUCAACACUUUAUGUUAAUUUCCAGUGACUUAGUUUUCCAUUUUCUCUUUUUAACAGGUCCAGUUAAAAACAAGAAAAAGGGAAAGAAGGCAGGACCUCCUGGGCCCAAUGGCCCCCCAGGACCUCCAGGACCUCCAGGACCCCAAGGACCCCCAGGGAUUCCAGGGAUUCCUGGAAUUCCAGGAACAACUGUUAUGGGACCACCUGGCCCUCCAGGUCCUCCUGGUCCUCAAGGACCCCCUGGUCUCCAGGGACCUUCUGGUGCUGCUGAUAAAGCUGGAACUCGAGAAAACCAGCCAGCCGUGGUGCAUCUACAGGGCCAAGGGUCAGCAAUCCAAGUCAAGAAUGGUGGAGUGCUCAAUGAUUGGUCUCGGAUCACCAUGAACCCCAAGGUGUUUAAGCUACACCCCCGCAGUGGGGAGUUGGAGGUACUGGUGGACGGCACCUACUUCAUCUAUAGUCAGGUAGAAGUAUACUACAUCAACUUCACUGACUUUGCCAGCUAUGAGGUGGUGGUGGACGAGAAGCCCUUCCUGCAGUGCACCCGCAGCAUCGAGACAGGCAAAACCAACUACAACACGUGUUACACGGCGGGCGUCUGCCUUCUCAAAGCGCGGCAGAAGAUCGCCGUGAAGAUGGUGCACGCCGACAUCUCCAUCAACAUGAGCAAGCACACCACCUUCUUCGGGGCCAUCAGGCUGGGCGAGGCCCCUGCAUCCUAGAUUUCCCCCCCCAAUCCCGUUUUGCCCCUGCCCGUGCUCCUACCCCAGGUUAGGGAGCCGGGACUUCCAGAACCUAAGUGCUGCUGUGGAGUGAGGUGUGUGGGUGUAGCAGCCACAGAGAAAAAUGCCCUAGUGCUAUUUAUUCCCCGGUGACUUCAGGAUGACAAGGUCUGCUUGACUUUCCAGAAUGACCUUGAGUGAACAGGACAUGAAGCAGAACCUUCCUCCUUGGCUCCGUGUUGACUGCUUCCGGCAUGACUCUUCAACCUCGAGGUCCCGGGUGUCAUUUUGUUGCACUAAAGUGAGGGGCUCAGGCAGCAGGCGAGAAUUAGCAAAGGUGCAGCCCAGACUGUGGGGCAAGCCUCUGACCCCGAAGGGCGGGGCGGGGGCGGGGCAGGAGGGGAGCAUUGCAACCUAAAGAGAGGGGCAGGGAGGGAAAGGCAGGUGCUUGUGGCAGAGCCCAGGGGAGAAACCUGCCAGAUGGUUUUCCCACUCUCACUGAGCCGCGUCCCGGCAGCUGGCAGGGCUUUGAGGACAGGAGGUUUGCUUUUCCUUGGAGCAAUUGCAGGGCAUGGCCAGAAACCUGCCUGCAUAAGAAACAGAGGCCGUGCUUGGGGCCACAUGUCUUUCACUUUGUUUACAGCUGUGCUCCAAGCUCAGAAGACUCCUUGGGUCCCCCCGCAAUUGUCCCCUUCCCAACCUGGCGAGAACCUCCGUUUUCUUCCUCCCCAGAGCCUACCUCUGUCUGAGACAGGUGCCUAUCCUGGGACCUGGGUUUAUGUGAGUCUGGGAUACUCUUUAGAUUACCUGGGCACAAAGGAAAUUUUCCAUUUAUUAAGCAACACAAAUAUUCAUCUAGUCGAGUCAUGUCUGGGGGCAAAGGGUUGGACUGGAUGACCUCCAGAAGUUCCUUCAAAUUCUAAUAUUUAGGCAGCUGCCAGGCUAGCCUGCUAACAUUCCCAAACCCUAGACUGACCCUGGGCCUCGGCAAGACAGAGCUUUUCUACCUGACCUGGAAAGGGUAAGAGCUGAGGCUAGGACAGGGUUUUCUUCAAGUGUGUUGCAACCCAAGUGGUCAUUAGCCCAGGCCUUGUCCGAAAGGACAGCAGCUGAUGCCCUACUAACCACAUUCCCCUUUCUUCUCUCUGGCUCCGGAAAACCACAGCACAGCAGAGUCACCAUAGACUCCAGGGCUGCUCCCCUGAAUCCAGGCUCAGCAGGAGGCAGCGUCUAGGCACGGGGCAGGGCUCUGCCCUCUAGUCAGGCCCAAAGACACCUGCCUCCACAACCCCAAGCUUCCCAUCGAAUCAUAUGACAAGAUCAUUCAAGGGCCUUAUUUCUAACUGCGUGGGCCCAGUCUAGGUGCUGAGUCUAACCCAAAGCUGGGAGGGCCAGUCUUGUAGAAUCUGCUACUCUUACUCCUGAAACGUUUCCUUUUGAGGAGAGAGGGAAUAAGCUCCUUCAGGCAGCUGAAAUCCACCAAGAACAAGAGGUACUCAUUUCUCUGCUGUGCCUUCCCUUUCUAAGCAAAUACACUGCUUGACCCUUCAAGGGUCAGGGCUAGAGGGGGUGAGCUACGCCACCAUCGUCUGGCUGCUAGUGAUAGCCUUGCCACCCCAGCUGGGGCAAACUUGAGGCAUGUGUUUGGCCCUAGCUCCUAGAAAGUGCCUUAGACAGUCCUCAGUUAUAGCAGGAUCUGAUGAGAACGUCUCCUUAAAGUCUGUAAAGUGCUUUCUCUCGUAUCUCCUUUGAUAAUAUUACCAAUCCCAUUGUUUAGACGAGGCUCAGAGAGGUUAAGUGCUUUGACCAGCUUAAGUCACAAACCUGGGGCUUUCAACCAGGUCUGAUUACAAAGCUAUUCUGUUCUGCCCCAGCAUUGUGUUGAAUUUGGAAUCUAGAGAGAACCAAUAAAAAUGGUAAUAUGGAGCUCAAAUCCUUGAGGGACCUAGGGAGAAACCCAAAGAGGCUAGUUUUCAUUCCUUGAUGGUAACGCCUCUUCUCUUGGCUGCCAGGGGCUCUGGGGCAAAAGAGUAGGCAAUUUCUUUGGAAAAUACCCAUCAACCUUAGAGCUCUUGUGUUCAGAAGAAUCCCCUUGGUACCAUGUCCAAGCAGCAGGCCUCCAGUACCCACAGAAUGGAUGCCCCUCAUGUUCUUUCAUCCACCCAAUAAACCAACCAACCACUGUGUAUGGAGCCCCAACUGUGGACAAGGACCUCCUCUGGUUACCCUCCAGCCAGGUUAUAGGAACUAGCCACUUCCUGCAGCUACUAAGUGACUCCUUAUCUCUUUCUGCCAUACCACAAAGACCUCUGUACUACCAGGAUCUCUCAGGGAUGCAGGGAAGACCUGAGAGAGGUCUGGUUCUAAAGCCAAAAAGGUGUGAGAUGAAGGAAGGAAAAGGCUUCUUAAUUGUUCCCCUAAAGGAACAUUCUGACAUCCACCCUAUUCUCCGGAUAUGGAGGGGAUUAGAGGGGAAGUAGGAUUCGCACAGGACUCCUUUAUUCAUUGCCACCCCUCAAAAGGAACCCUGGAGGGAGAGGGGUGAUGAGGGAAGCAAGAAGUAGCCCUGUUGCUGCAAAGUUAUUGAAGCAGUUUACUCUUGAGAGAAUGUGGAACUAGAUUCACACCUUGGAAUUACACAGAUGUGGCUUUUCCAGAAGGCCAAAGCUAGCAUAGAGAAUGGGAUGAGGGCAUUUGUGAGCAAGUGGACGACAGGUUUGAAGGAGAAUUGCAUGGCGGGGGCUUUGCCAGCUGCUUCGGCUUCAACAGCCAAAGCUGACACAAAAGGCAGCUAUGGAGGGCUGUUCAGCUACUGGUUCCUCAGAAACUGUUGUCUUUGCCUUAUUUUCCCCUUCAUCCACCCUGAGCCAAAUUUCUUUUGAUGAGCAGUAAAGGGCUAGGGACCCUGGAGGUGAACAAAGACUUUGAGCCACGUGUGAGUAUGUGUGUUUUAUGUAACUUGUGGUGGAUGCAAAUAGAUUCAGAGUUUGAGAGGCCCUUAGAGGGAGUCUAGCCCAACCUACGUUCUACCCCAUGUUACUCAUGUGGAAACUGAGGCCCAGAGACGGAAGGCGAGCAGCCCGAGGUGAAGGAGCCCCAACCUCCAGGCUCAGCAGGGUGAGGGGGGAACAGUCCAUGUCCCACACAACCCCCUUAUUUCUACCACCCACAGACUCGAGGCUGGAAGUUCUUGGCCCCCAUCAGGAGCCCAGCCAGGCGGGGAAAGAUAGCCACAGCUUUGGCCAGAGUGCUUCCAUCCCCAGGGCACUCUCCCAGCUUCUGCCUCUGGAUGGAAGGCUCCAGAUGGGCCCAACACCACAGAGUCCUGAGGCCACUCUGGCGCUGCCUCAGGUGCCGUCCCUGCCUGGAGGCUUCCCUAGGCCAUGUGAGCACAAAGAUGGAACUGGAGGUUUUUUUUUUUUUGGUAAUCCUUUUCAGGGCUCUCUCCAAGUAGAGUUGGGGUAUGUCAUUUCUUUAGUCAAAAAGCUUCCAGCUGGGGUGUGGGGGGUGGGCUUUGUGGUGAGGAUGGCCUGAAGCAGGCCCAGUGCUGCUUUGGGGGUCAGCAUUCAGUGUGAGAUACUGUGUAUAUAAACUAUACAUAAUGUAUAUAAACUGGGAUGUAAGUUUGUGUAAAUUAAUGGUUUAUUCUUUGCAAAUAAAGCUUUUUCCCCUUGUUCUUAAGAUAGCUUAAGCACUUCCUACCUGCUAGGUGCUGCUUCUUUUUUUUUUGCUGUUGUU